AUGGAAAUGUGUUCCUCUCAUUUGGUUUCAAGCGGCAUCAAUCGGUUAAUUUCUGAUGAGCAACAAUAUGAUAGACACAGAUUAGCUGAUGAACAUAGCCUUUAUUUACAACAGCUGACAGAUGAACAACACCAUGUUUAUGAUAGGAUUAUGCAAUCUGUCAAUGAUGGAGUAGGUGGUGUUUACUUUUUAUAUGGAUAUGGUGGAACAGGAAAAACUUUUGUUUGGAAGACAUUGGCAUCAGGGUUAAGAUCAAGAGGUCAAAUUGUCUUGACGGUGGCUUCAAGUGGCAUAGCUGCUUUGUUAUUACCGGGUGGUAGAACAGCUCAUUCAAGAUUUGCAAUACCACUUAAUGUUGAUGAGUUUUCCACUUGCAAUAUAAAACAGGGCAGUGCAUUGGCAGAAUUGAUCAUAAAAACAAAACUUAUUAUUUGGGAUGAAGCUCCCAUGGUCAAUAAGCAUUGUAUAGAAGCACUUGAUAGGACAAUGCGAGAUUUAUUGAGAUUCAAGAAUGUUCAUAGUGAAGAGCAACCUUUUGGAGGGAAAACAAUUGUGUUUGGUGGUGACUUUAGACAGAUACUCCCUGUUAUACCCAAAGGAAGCAGGCAGGAUAUUGUGAAUGCGACUAUCAAUUCAUCCUACAUUUGGAAUAGUUGCAACAUGUUGAAACUAACAAGAAAUAUGCGGCUACAAGCGGAUGAUGCUAAUGUACAUUCAUCUGAGUUAAAGGAUUUUGCAGAAUGGAUACUAAGCAUUGGCGAUGGUAAAUGCGGGGAGUCUAAAGAUGGAAUUGAUACAAUUCAAAUUCCCAAUGACAUUCUGAUAAAAGAAUGGGAGGAUCCUAUAGCUGCUAUAUGUAGAGCAAUUUAUCCCGAGAUGUUUUGGCCUUCAAAUUCUGUUUAUGAAGUCGAAGAUCGAGCUAUCCUUGCCCCAACAUUGCAAAUAGUAGAUGAGAUUAACCGAUACAUGAUGAGUUUAAAUCCAUGUGAAUCACAAACAUACUAUAGUUCUGACAAAGCAUGUCCAACAGAGCCAUCUAAUGAGUUAAUCGCAUCAAUACACACUCCAGAAUUUCUAAACACAAUUAGGUGUUCGGGGAUUCCAAACCAUGAGUUGACAGUCAAGGUAGGAACACCUAUCAUGUUACUACGGAAUAUUGAUCACUCGGCUGGAUUAUGCAAUGGAACCCGAUUGGUGAUAACAAAGCUAGGAAAACACAUUAUUGAAGCUAAAAGCAUGACAGGAAAGAAUGCUGGUCAGAAAGUUUUUAUUCCAAGGAUGACCCUUAGUCCAUCUGACCAUAGAAUACCAUUCAAGUUUCAACGCAGACAGUUCCCUAUAAUGGUAUCCUAUGCCAUGACAAUUAAUAAGAGUCAAGGACAAUCCUUAUCAAAAGUUGGAUUGAUUUUAAAGAAGCCUGUUUUUACCCACGGACAAUUGUAUGUGGCUAUUUCGAGAGUUACAAAUAAAAAAGGUCUUAAGAUACUCUUAUGUCAUGAAGAAGAAAGGAGCAAUGAGACAGAUAAUGUUGUUUUCAAAGAAGUGUUUAGGAAUGUUUGACAAAGGCUAUAUGUCUGCCACAUUUUAUAUCAAAGUUCAUCUCAGGUAAUUUAUAGAUUUGAAGAGUUUUAUUUAAGCAUUCUAUAUUAUUUUGGAUAGACUCGCCCAAAUCACCACAAAUUUCAUAUUGAACCACGCUAUCUUUA